AUGUUAGCUUUAAAUUAUGCUAAAGGAAUCGCUCAUCGAUUUCUCAGAAAUCCCAAUUGGACCUCUGUACACUUCCUGCGUAACCUUCAGUGUCCUUAUCACUACCAAAAGUCAAGACCUUUUGUACAAGUUUCAUAUAAAUCAGGUUGUUUUGAGCUUUUACGAGGGCAGAGUCAGAGUUUGUUUGCGUAUGGUGGGUUGCUUAAUAGACGUUACAUGAGUAAUUCGACGAUACAGUUAAGAACAGAUGAUAAUGUGGUGAGGUUUUCUUUCAACAAUGUCCCUGAUAACAACAGAAAUGUUCCUAUGAGGACAGAGAAGAAAUGGAAACGAGCUAAAUCGUCUAGAAAGGCUAAAGUUAAUGAGUUGAGGUUUUACCGUUUAAAGGCGAAAAAGAAGAUGAAUUCUCCAAACCCUGAAGUUAGGAUUCGAUACAAGCUUGAAAAGGCCAAGAGAAAAGAAGAAUGGUUGAUUGAGAAACUAAGGAAAUACGAUGUCCGGAAAUCACCAGCGGAACCAUAUGAUCCAGAAAUUUUGACAGAGGAAGAGCAGCAUUACCUCAAACGUACAGGUGAAAAGAGAAAGAACUUUGUCCUUGUCGGGAGACGRGGAGUGUUUGGAGGUGUGGUUUUGAAUAUGCAUCUCCAUUGGAAAAAGCAUGAGACUGUUAAAGUUAUUUGCAAGCCCUGCAACAAACCCGGGCAGAUUCAAGAGUAUGCACAAGAGCUUGCUCGGUUAAGCAAGGGCAUUGUGAUCGAUGUCAAACCUAACAACGCCAUAGUAUUGUACCGUGGGAAAAACUAUGUGAGACCAGAAGUGAUGUCUCCUGUUGAUACCCUCUCUAAAGAUAAGGCUUUGGAGAAAUAUCGGUAUGAGCAAUCGCUUGAACAUACAAGUGAGUUCAUAGAGAAGCUAGAGAAAGAGCUUGAGGAGUACCAGAAGCAUGUUGAUCGCAUCCGCUAA